CGAAGUCCUUUAGGGAAGAAAAAGCGUCUGGAAUUAGGCCCUUGGGAGCGAGACCGAUUUUAAAGAGGAGUCCCCAGCUUUGGGGAUCUAUGCUUGUAAAUCCAGCCCCGGGCCUGGCCAGCCCCUGCAGCAAGGAUGCUCCGGGGAUUUCGGAGAAGCCGCAAGAGCCAGUUCAAACACAUCACCCCUGGCCUCCUCCCUGCAGCCACCAUCGCUCCAAAACCAGCUGUACCUCGAACACCUCCUCCCCGAAGCCCUAAUGUAUCUCCAGAGAGACCAAGAUCUGCUCUGGCUGCAGUCAUUCUGGCAACAACACUGACUGGGCGGACCGUUGCCAUUCCCCAGCCUCGCCAGAGAUCCCGAUCUGAAAGUGAGGUCUCCAUCGUGGAAAAGGACAGCUUCAUCCAGCCCUAUGCCACCAGCUCAGAGCACGGGCUUGGACCGACAUGGCAGAAUGAGUUGGGAAGAAGAACUUCUUUACCAUCCUUUGAAACACUGGGCUGUGGGGAUGAAGAGGACUCUGAAAUGCAGGCAUCGUCCAGUGACAAGGAGCUGGGCAAUAGCAGUGCCUGGAAAGAAGAAGGAGGUCAUAGUGAUGCUGUGUAUGCUACGUCACACAAAAAUCAGGUACCAUGGUCACACAAAGUGGACAGUGAAGAUGAUGACAAUAUUUCUGAGCAAGAUGGACUUCCAGGUUCCUUACCUCUUACACCACAGCAUAUACAACAAAAAGAUAGUAAACACUCUGUUCUGAAUUUAAAGGAUGAAAAAACACCAUUAUGUGAAAAACCUCCUCCUUCCCCAGAUGUAACUGGUAGAGCGCGUCAAAGAUGUGUAGAAAUAACCAAAGAAAAGUUUGAGGAAUUAAAAGAAGAAAAUUUGCACCUAAACAAUAAAAAUCAAAGCCUUACCGUUGAGCUAUGUGCAAUAAAACAAGCAAUGAAAGAAUUUCAGUUAAAACUAAAGAGAAUGGAAAAAGACAAUGAAAGGCAGAAAGAGGCUGAGAAAGCAUCCUCUCAGGAAGGAGUUACUGCACCUGAAUUACUUUAUCUAAGGAAACAAGCUCAAGAACUGGUCGAUGAAAAUCAUGGGUUGAAAAUGACUGUUCAUCGUUUGAAUGUAGAGCUGAGUCGUUAUCAAACAAAAUUCAGACAUUUGUCUAAGGAAGAGAGCUUACAUACUGAAGGCCUCCCAUCAAAAGGCCCUAUACCACCCUGGCUGUUGGAUAUAAAGUGCCUUUCACCGUUGUUGCUAGCUUAUGAAGAUAUAAUGAAAGAGAAGGAUGAGCUUAAUGCCACCCUCGAGGAGGAAAUGAGAAUGUUUAGGAUGCGAGUCCAAGAAGUGGUGAAAGAGAAUGAAGAAUUGCACCAAGAGUUAAAUAAGAGUAGACCUGUUACCAGUGAUGAAUGGCAUCAGCUUCAGACUCAAGCAGAACUAGUUUUAGAGGAGAACAAGUUGUUGAUAGACCAGUUGGCGAUUCAGCAAAUGAAAGCCAAGGAUGCUCACCAGGAGCAUCUCCAAGAAGUGUCUAAGCUGACUAAACAACUCAUGCUCUUGGAAACUAAAACACAGGGCCAGGAAAAGAAGCUGAUGGAAAACAAACAGCAGCUGGAGAGUUUAGAGACCAAAUGUCAGGAACUUAAAGCACACUUGGACGGCAAGAUUGCCAUGCAAGUUCAUACUUCAAUUGUAAAUGAGUUAAAAAGCCAACUGAAGAAGGAAGAAGAGAGAGGGAGUGCUGAGCUGGAAGAGCUGAUGGAAAAGCUGACAGGAUUGCAAGUGCAGAAAAAGAGCCUGCUUCUAGAGAAGAGCAACUUGACAGCUAGAAACAAAGCACUGGAGGCCGAACUUGAAAAAACCCAGAAAACAAAUAGGAGAUACCAAAAGAAAAUCGAUAUCCUCAAAAAGCAAGUGGAAAAAGCCAUGGGGAGUGAAAUGUCUGCUCGCCAGAACCUGGCAAAUCUUGUUGGGGUAGCAGAGAACAUAACACAGGAACGAGACAGUCUUAUGUGUUUGACUAAAUGUUUAGAAAGUGAAAAACACGGAGUCCUGAAUACAAUCCUAAAAGGCAAUAUUCGCUUGGGAAAGUUAGAGGAAAAAAUCAAGGCGUAUAAGAAGCAGGCAGCACUGAAACUGGGGGACAUCAAUCACCAACUGCUGGAGCAGCAAGAGCACUUUGCCGGCAAGAAAGCCCAGUACCAGUGGAAGAUGCGGCAGCUCCACCAGAUGCUGCAGGACAAGCAGGAGGUCCUGGAUGAAGCCCUGCAGCAGAGAAGAGAAAUGGAAGGUGAGCUUGAGAUUAUUUGCAAGUCUGCCUCCAAGGAAAACCAAAGAAUCCGAGAACUUCUCCAGACCACACUAGCAGGGAAAGGCCUGUGGGACAACACGGCUUUCAAGUAUGUGUGCCUCGAAGGCACCGCUCAGGGAGACCUGCUGGAUGGGCACAGCGCCAGCUUCUGCGACGGGAAGCCUCUCACCUCCACCUGCCAGAGUCUGCAGGAGCCAGUGGGUUAGGCGCCAUGGCCUGAAAGGUCUGCCUCCCACCAGCUGACACAGGGCAGCAUCCGUCCGCAAGAGCCAGCAGUGGCCAGGGAAAUGCAGAGGCCCAGCAAGUGCUAGAGCAAGGAAGAAAUAAACUCGCGGGAGUUUAAUUGGUUAUUUACAUUUUGCUUUUCUUAACAAUGUACUGCUGAGAUAUAUUUCAGCCAGGUCAUGUCCUCUAGCUGCAUUGCCACUCAGACUAUGUCACUGCUCAGGUUAGCAGGUGGCCUGCUGGGCUGGCCUGUUUACAGGCCUCUAGAUCUGCAGCUGAGUAAGCUCUGGAAGGAAUGGAGGAGCUGGAGGAGCACAUUCUGUGUGUCAGAUAAACAGCUGGAUGAGGCAGCUGAUGGAGCAGCAGUAAUGACAGCUUAUGCCUCCGUCCUGGGUGGGCAAAAAAGUAAGGUGCUGGUCCUCAUGUCCCAGGGAGUAGAACCAGAGGCUUUCUGCCUUCUCCUAGUCCUCCUGGUUCUCUUGGGAAGAUACUAGGGCCACUCAUUGAGAGCUCUCCCUUUGAGCACCCAGGUGGGGUCCCUCUACUGUUGCCACCAACAAGGACACUAGGGGGCCCAUGUUCUGUUCCUCUCUAUGGCUUCUCAGGUAGGUUUUCCAGUCUCUUAGGACCACCCAGUGGGACUCCUGGUGGAAGUGCCAGCCAUUCAGGGCCACCUGCUCCAGGCAUGCUGGACGAACUCAGGAACAUCAAGACCCUAAACAGAAUCCUGGAACACAUCCUUCAACAAAACCCCCAGUGGCUAAAUUUUGUAUUGUUUUAGGGGUUAAGUAGGCCCUGGUUCUUGUCAUUAGUCAUGUGUAGGAGUGACCUUUGAGUGCUAGCUGGAAAAUUAGGAUAGAAUGUCAUAUCUUUUACAUUUUAUUGAAUUUGUUCAAUAACUAAAACAUUGCAAUUUAAUUUUAUUUUUCAAAGGGUAGAAAGGUUCAACAGAAUUUAAAACUGUGUAACAUCUCCUUAGGAGAUGUAAAUAAUUAGUAAAUAACUUUUUUAUUUCAAAGGAAUUUAUAUCAACUGUCUCAAAAUCUGUACAAGUGAGUCUCAUUCUCGGGGGUGGCUCAUUGGUGGGAACAUUGCUCUAUCAUCAUUACCUGGGGAGCUAUUUUUGACAUCUCUUCUGCUUUUUUAAAAAAAUUAUUUCAUAUAUGACAAUAGUGGAAUACAUUACAUUCAUAAUUAUCCAUUCACAGCACGAUUUUUCAUAACUCUGUAUAUAAAGUAUGUUCACGGCAAAUUAUGCCAUAUACAUGAACUAUCAUUGAUUUUUUUUUUUUUUUUUUGAAAGCAGUAUGGAGAUUCCUUGGAAAGCUGGGAAUGGAACCACCAUUUGACUCAGCUAUUCCUCUUCUUGGACUAUACCCAAAAGACCUAAAAACGGCAUACUACAGGGACAUAGCCACAUCAAUGUUUAUAGUAGCACAAUUCUCAAUAGCUGAACUGUGGAACCAACCUAGAUGCCCUUUAAUAGAUGAUUGGAUAAAAAAAAUAUGACAUUUAUACACAAUGGGAUAUUACUCAGCACUAAAAAAGAAUAAGAUCAUGGCAUUGCAUUAGAGAAGAUUAUGCUAAGUGAAGUUAGCCAAUCCCAAAAGAACAAAUGUGGAAUGUUUUCUCUGAUAUAAGGGGAGUAACUCAAAGUGGGGUAGGGAGGGAGAGCAAGGGAGGAAAAUUACCUCUAGAUAGGGAAUAGGGGUGGGAGGGAAAGGGGGGGAGAAGGGGAAUAGCAAGGAUGGUGGAAGGAGACCCUCAUCAUUAUACAAAAUACAUGUAUGAAGAUGUGAAUUUGGUGUCAACUUACCUUAUGUGCAACAGGGAUAUGAUAAAUGGUGGUAUAAAGGUGUAUUAAGAAUUUUAA